GUGACUUUUUGAAUGACCCAGCUUCAUGUAGAACCAGCCAUCACACACCUGAUCACUUUUUCGACCACACGCACAACACUGCUCACACGCUACCACCCGGCUCCUACCAGGCUGGCCACAACAUCAAGUCAGAAAUCCCCUGGACUGGGUCUGAUUACAAUGGUAAGUUCUACAUUAGUGCGAGUUGUAGGUUAAGUGCCAUGGGAGUCGGGAGUUUCAACAAUUUGAGAACCGUUUCACCGGAUGAUUCUCCCUCCAGUGAACCGGGGAAGCCAAUGAUACAGGCUGCCGUGCUAGCAGGCUAUUCAGGUAGUGGCCCAAUUCAGCUAUGGCAGUUCCUAUUGGAGCAGCUGACAGACAAGACCUGCCAACACUUCAUAAGCUGGACGGGAGACGGCUGGGAAUUCAAACUUUCUGACCCUGAUGAAGUGGCCAGGAGAUGGGGUGUCCGGAAAAACAAACCAAAGAUGAAUUAUGAAAAACUUAGCCGUGGUCUGAGAUACUACUACGAUAAGAAUAUCAUCCACAAAACAGCAGGCAAGAGGUAUGUGUAUCGCUUUGUCUGUGACCUUCAGAAUCUCCUAGGAUACACCCCAGAAGAGCUGUUCGAAGCCUGUGAUAUCAAACCACAGAAAGAUAAAGACGAUGAGUGA